AUGGAACCCAAUCGCACAUCCGAGGCCGUGGCUCUGGUUGGCCAGCCCAACCUGAUUCCUGACCCAACUAUGGCAGACUCAACCUCUGCUCUUGUUCGAUACAGCGGCGGCUUCUCCCAGCGGCUACAGGUCAUCUUGUCAAAUUGUCAAACGGAGACAGAAACCGAGCGCGAGCUGUGGGACGACGUUGAAAUCCACCGACGGUCCGCGGAUAUGUACAUGGACCAAUAUUUAGACCACCUGCAGAAAGUGCAUGCGGAACGCCCCAGGCAUGUACAUACAAUUGAAAACUCCGAUGAUGAGGUUUCCACCAUGGGCUUGAACUCUGCAGACAUGACGAGGGAGCAAUGGCGGCUCAUGAUCUCGCGCGACAGUCUUGCCCGUGAUCUGCUGGCCAUGCACGAGACGCUCGAAUAUCUCAAACCGAGAGCUGCCCCUUCGCCGAGACAGGGUGUUCUCGCUGCCUCUGCAUUGUCGACUUCUGCAGGCGUAUAG